AACGCCUCAAUUGAUAAAACAUGGCAGAGACACACUUCAUAUAAAUUUUAUAAAAACAAAUUCCAAAGAAAUCAUGAGGCUGCUGAAGUUCCACCUGCGGUACCACCCGCCCGGGAUCGUGAUGGAGUACAUACAGAAGGGAGCGCUUAAGAGGAAGGACAUAGAUCUACUAGACCUGGACUCCAAUACAGAUACAAAAGAACUUGCGAGGCAGUUGAAGAAACGCGAGGCGCUGAUCACUGAAGAUGUCCAGGGUCUGUUGGAGCAAUGUCUGGACACCCUCAAGAAGCGCAUCGAACACGAGGGGCCGACGGGGAAACGAUUCUACAUUUACAAAACAUUGCAAACACAUGUACUGCCCUUGACUAAUGUCUGCUUUGAUAAAGAUGGGAAAAGAUGCCUGACUGGUAGCUACGACCGAACGUGCAAGAUAUGGGACAUCGACACCGGCACUGAACUGCAGACUUUGAAUGGUCACCAAAAUGUUGUUUACUCAGUUGCCUUUAACUUUCCAACGUGUGAUCGGGUAAUAACCGGAUCAUUUGACAAGACCGCGAGGAUAUGGGAUCCGGAGAGUGAGGAGUGUCUAGCCACACUGUGGGGCCACACGGGCGAGGUGGUGGCUGCUCACUUCAACACGAAGACAGAUUAUGCGGCCACUGGUUCCAUGGACCAUACCGCUAAGCUUUUUGACGCUAGAACUGGUACUGAGAUCAACACGUUCGUCGGACACACGGCGGAGGUGAUAGCCCUGCAGUUCGAUCCCAACGAAGGACAGCAGCUCAUCACCGGCUCGUUUGACGGCACCAUCUCGAUCUGGGACACGAGACUCAGGGAACGUGUGUCAGUGCUGAGGGGCCAUGAAGGAGAGAUAUCCAACGUGCAGUUCAACUGGGACAGCUCGCUGGUGGGCUCUUCGUCGCUGGAUGGCAGUGCCAAGCUCUGGGACACCAGGAAGACCGAAUGCCUUGCUACAGUCGCUGGACAUACCGAUGAGGUUCUAGACAUUUGUUUUGACUGGGCGGGCCAGCGUAUGGCCACCUCAUCCAGCGACUGCUCGGCGCGAGUGUACGACGUCCGCUCAGACUUCAAGGAGCUGGCUGUAAUGCGGGGACACAGGGAGGAAGUGUCCAAGGUUUGCUUCAGCCCCGCGGGAGGCUGUUUGCUGACCGCGUCUGCGGACAGAAGCGCCCGAGUUUGGAACACUACUACUGGCAACUGCAUUCAGGUGUUAUCGGGCCACUGCGGGGAGAUCUUUUCUUGUGCGUACUCGUACGCCGGAGACGCCAUCGUCACCGCUUCCAAGGACAACACCUGCCGGGUCUGGAGGUGACUGGACUGGUGGUUCCCCUGAACAAACUUAUAGACAAUUAUAUCUACUACCUCAUUGUUACGACUACGCAAGUGUCCAGAAGCUUCCAAUAUUAGAUUCAAUUCACAAAUAAAACUUAAGAAUGCAAUACUGAAGGUCAUAGAUAAGUUUUUUAUAGUUUCUACUACUUUAGGUAACGCAUUACAAUAAUAGUCUAUGGUCUAUGACUUACGCUCGCGAUACGUAAAAGUAUGUCACUUUUUUAGUAUGCGUGAGUUGCUGAAAAUAGAAGGUCGCUGCUAUUAUUUUUGUCAUGUAUACAAAUGUCACAUUCUAUCUAGAUCUAUUAAUUAUCUAAGCUGAGGGCUAUCACGUUACACAUAUAAAUUACAAUGAAAUUAAAUAUCUAAUAUAAUUUGACGAUGGAUCAUUGCAAUUGCCUUUCUUAAUUUAUUAUUUGUAACACAUUUUUGACAUUUGCGAUUGAAAUUAAGACAGUUCCUACCUACAAAUACUAAACAAAAUUGUUGUAAAUACAUUACGUACCGAAUUCAAUAUUUUAUAAUCUGCGUAUCUAUUAUUUAGUUUAAUUAUUGUUAUCAAUAUUAAAAAUUUACAACACA